UGACGUCAUCAAUAUAGCCAAGAAACCCGGAUGUCAAUGCAGCCAAAGGAGAACCGCAGUUUGGCAACAUAAAAUCAUUGAUCAGUUUUUACCGGGUAGAAAGGGGUUACUGUCUCCACAACACUUUCCUCCAUAAUGACCACACCAGCUCGUCGACGUCUGAUGAGGGAUUUUAAAAGGCUGCAGGAGGAUCCUCCAGCAGGUGUUAGUGGUGCUCCUUCAGACAAUAACAUCAUGCUAUGGAAUGCUGUUAUAUUUGGGCCUCACGAUACACCAUUUGAGGAUGGUACCUUCAAACUCACAAUAGAGUUCACAGAAGAAUAUCCUAACAAGCCUCCCUCAGUCCGGUUUAUUUCCAAGAUGUUUCAUCCAAAUGUGUAUGCAGAUGGUAGUAUAUGUCUAGAUAUCCUUCAGAAUAGAUGGAGUCCUACUUAUGAUGUGUCUGCAAUUCUUACUUCUAUCCAGUCGUUGCUACAUGACCCCAACCCAAAUAGCCCUGCAAACAAUGAGGCUGCACAAUUGUACCGGGAAAAUCGGCGAGAGUAUGAGAAAAAAGUGGCAGCCAUAGUGCAGGAGAGCUGGAAUGAUGAUGAUGAUGACGAUGAGGAGGUGGAUGAGGAGGAGGAAGGAAAAUCAUCUACAUCUUAGCGCAAGUCUGGUGACUGUAACUGAACAACCUCUUCUGAAAUCUCUUCUCAAGGAAAGUUCUGAGUUUUGGGGGAAUGGGGAAUUCAAUGGCAGUAAUAAAAAGUGACUUGAGGGCAAAGGGUUACACCACAUCAGACACCCAGGAGCAUUUUAGCCUCAGUUUGGAACGAGCAGGAGAACAUUAUGAACAGGAAUAGUGCCAUUACGUUUUGCCGGUGUAACAGUGAUAAAUUUUGUUUAUGUACUUCGUUGGUCUGCAGCAGUCCGCUUUGAAUUCAAGCUGCCUUUUUGUGAGAUUAAGCCAGUGUUAGUCUGAUCUGUAGUUUCUAUUCCAUCCCAUGUUUUGUACCUAGAAGUCAAGCUUGCAGUGUGAAUUUUAUGUUAAGAAUAAUUUAACAAAUGCACAAAAGUUACUUUGAAUUUGGUGGUGUUCUGUGAAUAUUGGUGACAAGAUACCCAAAAAUGCAUUUUGUUUCUGGAAGAAAAUCCCAAUAUAGUGCAUGAUACAGAAAAUGUAGUGAAGAUUUAAGUUCAUGAAGAACUGGAGGUAAAAAGCUCUGUGCAUUUCAACAUCAAAUAUCACUUAAACUUUUAAAGCAGAAAUCACUGGCUUUGGGAUGGGGAGUGUGCAACAGUUUAUAUGCACAUUUACAGAGCAGGAGUAGCAAAUACUGAAGCAGGCAGCUCCCUCGAUUCAUAUCCUUUUAUCAAGACACAACUGUAAGUGCAAGCUGGAACUUUUGAGGGAUGAUGACAUUAAUUAUAUAUGACUGUGUUCCAAAUGUUUUAAUGGACAAAGUGCACCUACCUGUGAAAGGACAUCACACUGUUAUAGGCAUUGUGCACAUAACACCAGCUGCUUUAAAUGUGCUUUCAUAGGUAAUUCUUUUACAGUAUUGUUUAACCAAAUUAAGCUCUCAUUGACAUGGAUUAUUAUAAUUUAGUAAAUAAAUCUUGGUUGUCUAUUAA